AUGACACAUGCUAGAAUUGUGCCUUGGAAAUACACCGAAGAAUGGGAACAAUUAAAAAAUUGGUUUUAUAGCAAAUCCACUGAGGAUCAAAGAAGAGCAAUUUUGAAAGUUAACAGUUACCAAUGUAAAGGAUCACAAUACUUACCACAUGUAGUUGAUUCGACUUGUCAACUAACCAAUGCUGUAUUAAUGGACGAAGCUGAAGUUGUUGAUAAAUUGAACGUGCGACUAAAUUAUACUAUGAGUUUGAUUAGAUUUGUUAAUGGUAUAUUAGACCCAAAUCAGAAGGCACAGUUUGCUAUCCCAUUGCAUACAAUAGCUAAAAACGUCGGCUUGAGUAGUUGGUUUGUAGAAUUAAGACAUUGGGGGACCCAUGAAAGGGAUUUACCCAGUUUGGAUAUGUUAAGAAUAGCAGUAAAAGAUGCAUUAAAUUGGUUAUGGUUGCAUUAUUGGGACGAUAGUGAAUUAUUAGAAGAGUCAGAGGAAGAUAGCGACGAGGAUGAAGAAUAUAGCGAAGAAGAAUAUAAGAAUAUCGAUAGUAUAAAAAUCAAAGCAAUAGUUAAUUUAAUAAAAGAUUGGAACCAUGAAUAUUUGAUACUUUUCAAAGAAAAUAAGAAAAACUGGAUGUCGACUGGAGAUGAUAUAGAGAGUAUUAAAAAAGUUAUUAGUAGUGAGAAUUUUGUAAUUGAACCUCAAGAUAAUACACAUUCAAAUAAAAAUGACAAGAAAUUAGAAAAGAAAAGAAUAGAAAUAGCAGAAAAGAUUAACGAAUAUGUUAGUCUAUGGCAAGUUCAAUGGCAGCAGAGUAAGAAUAAAUCCAAAUUUAUUGAGAUUGUAUUGAACUGUUAUAAUCCAUUAUUAAUUACUAUGUUGAUAUCACAGUUAGAUAUAACAUUCUCCGAAGAAUAUUUUAAAUGGAUAUUAGCUAAGUAUCAAAAAUUAAUCAUGGAUGAACAAGUCAAAAUUCCAACUUUGUUUAAGAACUUUAAGACAUUUGAAGAUUUAUUUAAAUAUACAAUAAAGAAGAAUUUAAAAUUGUUAAGGACAAAUGAUAUUAUAUCUACUUACGAGGAAUGGUUAUUAUUAUUUGACAAGGAAACAGUCACAGUCUUAAGCUAUAGAUUUAUCCAAUCAAUUCAAGAAAAAAUACGAAAUUUUGGAUCAUUAAAAAAUGAUGAUUGGAGGAAUAAAAAGAACCAAAGGUAUAGGAAAAAGCUUAAUGAGAAUAAAGAAAGACAAGAGAAAUUCAAGAUUAAAUUGGAUGAUAUAUUAGCCACCAACAAUAGAGAUCCAAAAAACUUUGAAAGUUUGAUAGAAGAAGAGACAAAUAAAUACCAUGAAUUAAUAGUAAAACGAAAUAAAUCUCUUGUCGAUACUAAUAACAGAUCAACCAGAGAGAUACAAAAUGAAAAAACAAAUCCUUUUAAAUCACCUACAGAUACGCUAGAUAUCUUAAAUGAUCUUGCACUAUUGAAAGAGCGUUUAAAUCGAAAUAAAUUAGUAAAUCAACAAACUAUUACUAUAACCAGUAUCGGGCACAGUUCUAAACCUAAUAAAAUCGUGAAGAGAUGGUCGAAAGUUCAAAACUGGACACCCAAACCCUUUGGACAACUAUAG